GUCGUUGUAUCCUCUGGCCCUUCAUCAAAUGGGGAAUCCGAGACUCUGAUAGGCGCAAAUUAUUUUCCCAGGAUGCCAAUUUGUCCCAAUGUACCUUUCGGUUCCUAUUCGUCAAUGGCUGUAAGUAGGCAGGAACCCGUUCACUCGGUACCCGCACCGCCAACUGCGUCUGUAUUUAUAGCACCACAGUCUGCUUUCCACCUGGAUCCAGCAAUCCAACCUCUGCGGCAGCCGCUAGGUUACGAAGCUUGUACAACCAACGUUUCUCCCCUGUUACCGAUGCCCCAUUCGGUUGCUUCCCUCGAUAGAGUCAACUUCACGGCAAUCGAAAGAAAUGAUACAGAUACCAUCGUCUAUUCGGCAUUGCCCACUCAUUCGGCUCUGGCCGAUCUAAAAAUGAGCACAAACAUGGUCUGUCGAUCUGCCGGCUGGAACGUAGAACCGACAUUCACGGGAACCAGUCAGCCAGUCAUGAACAUACCAAUGGGGCUCUUUUGCUGUCCGUCCACGACAGGGCUGAGUUCAGGCCAAUUGGCCAACCCCGACGGGUUGCCAGUCCUCCUCCCCGGAGGCAGCUUUCCCGGAGUCCGGUUGCAGUUUCGUCCAGUUAUUCGAUUCGCUCUGCAAUUGCGUCAACUGAUUCUGAUGCAUAGCCUGUCAACUGGCCUCAUACGCGGUAGAACUGCUAUUCGUGAAUCAGAGACUGGCGGUGGACUGGCCUCAAAACCCGCGUCCUGUGUUGCCACGGGAAAGGCCAGUUGCGACUUUGGUGGUAUCGGUUUUAGCGCUUGUGGACAUUCUGGCUGUUAUGUACAAUUAUCCCAGUUGGGCGACCUCUUUCAGGCUUACUUCGGUCUGCCUUUGGACUCCGAAGCCUAUGGAUACCCGUCUGUACGGCUGUUGCUGCAGGCGGUCGACUACUGUGUGGUGCUGAGAGGCCGAGGCUCUCGAUGCUCCCUCCAUCUAUCUCAUGACUUUCUUGGUAUGUCAUUGCAGCAAUCCUUGUGGCCGAAUCUCUUUGUCGCUAGGGCAACAAAACAAGUUUUUAUAGCUGUUUUUAUCGUUUCUGAGACUAACUGGAAUACACUGACUUCUACAACCCAAUGA